CAAAGAGCGGAGCCUCCUUUGGCGGGGGAGCCCGGCCGCCGCCGCCGUCGCCGCCUUCUCUGUCUGGGCUUGAGUGUGCCGGCCGGGCCAGUGGGGACCCCUCCCCAGCUCUUGUGAGUUUGGGUGGGGGGGCCGCACCCGUGCUUUCUGCCUCAUUCUACCCCACGGGCAGCUUUCUGCGCUCCGCCUCCGCUCUCCCGGCGGAGGGCGUCCCCUUCUUCCCCCCAUCACCCACCCCCACUCGGGAGGUCCGUCUUGAAGCUGAUCAACUUAUGUACUCUCCUGUUCCUGAAAAAGCUUUUCUUGCAACUCUGCAGAUAUAUCUUCAAGCAACAUCUAAGAUACCAUCAUUUUUGAAAAGCAAGUAGCUGGGGUGUUCAAAAUUCUGCUUUUCCAGUCAAGAUUUUGUGCUGCUGUUAUACUACAUAAUACAAAUAUUCUGGAUCAGCAUUAUUUGUGAAACUUUCUGCUAAAGGUGAAAAUAGAAGACAGUUCUACAGUUCUGUAACUUCUGAAAUACCAUCUCCUGAUAGUAAUUUUAUUAAAGAGUAGUACCUCAUUUUAUCUGUCACAUCUUGUAACUGUGUCAAAGCUCAUUUUACAGAAGAACAAACUGAAGCAAAUAAGAAGUUAAGAAACACAAUUAAAGGACUCCAUGAAAGAUGACAGAAGAAGUUAUUGUUAUAGCAAAGUGGGAUUACACUGCACAGCAGGAUCAAGAACUUGACAUCAAGAAGAAUGAGCGACUGUGGUUGCUAGAUGAUUCCAAAACUUGGUGGAGGGUAAGGAACGCAGCCAACAAAACAGGAUAUGUGCCAUCUAAUUAUGUGGAGAGAAAGAACAGUUUGAAGAAAGGCUCCCUGGUUAAAAAUCUUAAAGACACAUUAGGACUGGGUAAGACAAAAAGAAAGACAAGCACAAGAGAUGCCUCUCCCACCCCUAGUACAGAUGCAGAAUAUCCAUCUAAUGGAAGUACUGCAGACAGGAUUUAUGACCUCAACAUCCCAGCCUAUGUAAAAUUCGCAUAUGUUGCAGAGAGGGAGGAUGAACUCUCCCUAGUGAAAGGAUCCCGGGUCAUCGUGAUGGAAAAGUGUAGUGAUGGCUGGUGGCGAGGUAGCUACAAUGGACAGAUUGGCUGGUUUCCUUCUAACUAUGUUGUAGAGGAACUUGAAGAAGCAACAGCUGAUUCCCCGAGUUUUCUCAGUUUAAGAAAAGGAGCAUCAAUGAGUAAUGGCCAGAGUAUGAAAGUGCUCCAUAUUGUUCAAACACUCUAUCCUUUCAGUUCUGUUACAGAGGAGGAGCUCAACUUUGAAAAAGGGGAAACAAUGGAAGUUAUUGAAAAACCUGAAAAUGACCCAGAAUGGUGGAAAUGUAAAAAUUCCCGAGGGCAAAUUGGCCUUGUUCCUAAAAACUAUGUAGUCAUCUUAAGUGAUGGUCCUGCCAUGAACACUUCCCAUCCACCUCAGAUAAGCUAUACAGGGCCAUCUUCUACGGGACGGUUUGCUGGAAGAGAGUGGUAUUAUGGGAAUGUUACACGACAUCAGGCUGAAUGUGCCCUUAAUGAACGAGGUGUUGAAGGUGACUUCCUUGUUAGAGAUAGUGAAUCUUCGCCCAGUGACUUCUCCGUAUCUCUUAAAGCAUCAGGGAAGAACAAACAUUUCAAGGUGCAGCUUUUGGACAAUGUCUAUUGCAUUGGACAGCGCCGGUUUCAUACUAUGGAUGAAUUGGUGGAACACUACAAAAAGGCACCUAUUUUCACCAGUGAACAUGGGGAAAAGUUAUAUCUCAUCAAAGCACUUCAGUGACAUUAAAGAGGGGGACUAGGCUGCCUAGUCCACGUCUCACUAAAUGCCUAGUCCGCUUCUCACUAAACUACAGGCCUUAGGUCCAACAUUCACCUACAAAGAGCAGAGCUGACCUCCUACCUGAUACAGUCCCAAACCCAGGGCUCUUGCUUCUCAGAAGGCUUUGCUCUAUCGUAUGGUUUGUAUUUGAUUUAUGAUUCAUUUGCCUAAUUUGUUUUUUUCUCCCCCCAGUUGGGUUUGGUUCAGUUUGCUUCCUCUCAGGUUAAAAACUUAAGUGAACAUUAUCAGUACUCACUUCCAUGCCUGAGUUCUAAAACCCCUCUCUCUCCCUGGUUUACAGAAUUUAGAGAUGAGAGAGAGGGAGGUGAGUUUGGUUGAUUUUGUUCUUUUUAAUUGGAGACAGUGUUAAUCUAUUCAAAUUGUUAAUGGUGACAGAACUCUUAGUUAAGAGACAUUGGGCACAGUUUGAAUGCACUGAAGCUACAGCUAAUUAAGUGAAAUAUAGUAGACAUAAACAGUUGUGGCUGUGAGUUCUGUAGCUCUUUGGCUUACCAGGUAGUGUAUGACAAAAAUUCUUAGGCUCUAGAAGCACUCUACGCUGUAUUCUGCUAUUACAUUGCUUCCUUGACUCUAUAUAAGAGUACACCAAUUAAAGCAUUUUGUAAUAGGACUUCUUAAACUACUAUGGUAAGGUUGUAGUAAAAGAAAUCUAGUGUAUUUUGGUCUGUGGUUGCAACAAAGAGAAUUUCCCUAAAAGCUGAUUUGCAAGAGAAAGAAUCAGUGACUUACGAAGGCUGAAGGUUUUGGUAAUCUAUACAACCAAAUGUGCCAUCCACAUAAUCCUUUUUUCUCUCACCCUUCUGCUUGUUUGAAUUUAACAAUUAUGUAUUUAAUUCUCAAAGUAAUAUGUAUCUGUAGCUAUUUGUUGACACUAAUGCAGAUGAUUACAAAAAAAAAAAAACUGAUCUUUUGGGGAAGUGGGGCUACCAACACUAUAUAUAUAUAUCUAUAUAUAUAUGUAUAUGCACACACACAUAUAGAGACAUAUCUAUAUAGAGAGAUAUAGAUAUAUAUGUAUGUGUGUGUAAUAUUUGCUUUACAGGGAAAAUUCUUCAGGGUUUACAAAAAAUGAUGUGAUUGGUAGUGAGACACACGGAAUGUUUUCCAAAAAAAUGCAUUUUCUGUUUUCUUUACAUUUAAAUUUCUUUAUAGUUCGAAUAUACAGUCUUGAGAUGGCACAUUCCUGAGAUUGAAGAAGGGGUUUUGAGAUCCCUUAAACUUGCAUACAGUUUUUUUGGAUAUUGUAAUAAAAAAGGUAUUAUGUCAA